AUGAUCACAAUCCCGGAGCAAUACAAGAAUGAUUUUCGAACUUACACUCGGCCACUGUGGUAUGAAGAGCUGGCUCAGUACUUUCACAUCUCGAUCAACGAGGCAGCUGAGGCAUUAGGAAUGUGUAUGUCCGCGAUCAAGAAGAUUUGCAGAAGGCAUGGCAUCAGUCGAUGGCCUCAUCGUAAGUUGGCGAGCGUAAACAAAACUGUUGCUAUGUUGCAGAGCAAGAUCAAUACCGCUGAGGACGAUGCUUCCCGUGCUGCUCUUCGCUCCGAGGCUGUCAAUGUGUUGACCAUGAAGCUCCGAUUGACGAUCAAUCCUUCCUACCUUGUC